UGGAGCGAGCGGUAGCUGCUACAUUGUAUCCGCCGGGAGGGAGUGACUGGAGAUCGGCUCCGGCCGCACUCAGGGACCCUCGCCUGGCCCCGGGAGUGUGCUCCGUGCCGGCCGGCCGGAGGUACCCUGAGCCCCGGCCCCCGGCCCCGGCUCCCCCCCGGCCCCCAGCACUGCUCCAGCCGCAGCGAUUGCCCGGACCCUCGAUCCCGCUGGAUCUACUCCGCUUCAAACCGGACUCGCUUUCUACUCCACCCCCAUCCCGUCGAGCUCACUCAACACCCCCCUCUCCCCCACCCCCUCCACACACACUCCCUCCCUCACCCCCUCCACACUCACUCCAUCCCUCCCUCAGCCCCCGUAUUCCCUUCCUCCUUCAUCUCUCUCACACCACUCACCCCCUCCCUCUACAUACCCUCACCCCCUCAGCCCCAGCCCUUCCCUUCCUCACCCCCCUCUGUCACCUCAUCCACCUCUCCUCCCCUCCCUCCCACCCACUUUCACUCCCUCACUCUCUCACUUCUUGCCCAUUCUCCUGCCCCCCCUCACCCUUAUUUACCUCUGUGCCCUCUUUCCCCUCCUCCUCAAUAUUGUGACUGUGUUCACCAAGCCUGACUGCAUGAUGGAGGAGUGGAGGCAGUGUGGACGUUGGCUUAUUGACUCCAAGGUGUUACCCCCAAAUCACCGUGUUGUGUGGCCAGCAGCGCAGGUCUUUGAUUUGGCGCAGGCUCUGAGGGAUGGGGUACUGCUGUGUCAACUCUUGCACAAUCUAUGCCCUGGUUCCAUUGAACUUAAGGACAUCAACUUCAGACCACAGAUGUCACAGUUCUUGUGCCUGAAGAACAUCCGUACAUUCCUGAAAGUUUGUCACGAUAAAUUUGGAAUGAGGAACAGUGAACUCUUCGACCCGUUUGACUUGUUUGAUGUGAGGGACUUUGGGAAGGUAAUCUCCGCUAUCUCCAGAAUCUCCCAUCAUCCUGCUGUCCAGGGCAAAGGCAUCAGGCCCUUUCCUUCAGAGGAGACAGCAGUGGACGAUGAUGUUUAUCGCAGCUUGGAGGAACUUGCAGAUGAACAUGAUGUUGGAGAUGAUAUCUAUGACUGUGUCCCGUGUGAGAGCGAUGGUGAUGAUAUUUACGAGGACAUCAUCAAGGUGGAAGUUCGCCAACCCAUGAAGUUGGGGAUGACCGAGGAUGAUAAGAGGAACUGCUGCCUUCUCGAGAUCCAAGAGACUGAGGCCAAGUAUUACAAAACCCUCGAAGACAUUGAGAAAAAUUACAUGAUCCCAUUAAAGGCUGUCCUCACUCCCCAAGAAAUGGAGGCUGUCUUCAUCAACCUUGAGGAAUUAAUCCGGGUGCAUUACAGUUUACUGAGAGCCAUUGACCUGACAGCAAUUUCAGGAGGAAACACACUUUACAAAGUCUUCCUUGAUUUCAAAGAACGGUUGUUGAUUUACGGCAAAUAUUGCAGUCAGAUGGAAAAUUCCCAAAAGACAUUAGAUCAACUCCUGUCUUCCCGAGAGGAAAUCCGGAGUAAAAUUGAGGAGUGCACCUUGAAAGUUCAGGAUGGCAAGUUCAAGCUGCAGGAUCUGCUGGUGGUGCCCAUGCAGCGAGUGCUCAAGUAUCACCUCUUACUGAAGGAACUGCUGAGCCACUCGAGUGAGCGUCCAGAGAAACAGCAACUGAAGGAAGCGUUAGAGGCGAUGCAGGAUCUGGCGAUGUACAUCAACGAAGUUAAAAGGGACAACGAGACCCUGAAGAAGAUCUCGGAAUUCCAGUGUUCAAUAGAGAACCUGCACACGUCUCUGGAGAAUUAUGGGAGACCGAAGAUUGACGGUGAAUUAAAAGUCUGCUCCAUAGUUAACCGGACAAAACAGGAUCGAUACUUGUUUCUCUUCGAUAAAGCAGUGAUUGUGUGUAAGAGGAAAGGUUACAGCUAUGAGCUAAAAGAGACAAUUGAUCUACAGGCUCACAAAGUAACUGAUGACCCAAUGAACAACAAGGAUUUACGGAAGUGGUCCUACGCCUUUUAUUUAAUUCACCUCCAGGGGAAGCAGGGAUUCCAGCUGUUCUGUAAAACUGAGGAGAUGAAGAGGAAGUGGAUGGAGCAGUUUGAAAUGGCAAUGUCAAACAUUAAACCUGAGAAAGCGACAGCAAAUUACCACAACUUCCAAAUGACGACUUUUGACAAAUUCACCAACUGCAAGGCAUGUCGGAUGUUGCUGAGAGGGAUCUUUUUCCAGGGCUAUGUUUGUUCCAACUGUGGUGCUGGAGCCCAUAAAGAAUGCCUGGAGACGGCAGCACAAUGCAAGCUCAAUUUAGCAGCUGAUGAUUUGGAUGGAGGACAGCCAGUGGCAGCAGGUCCCAGAAUGCUCACAGUCCGUACGUACCUUGGAACACCCCCACCCCCUGCAGGGAAACCGAUUCUCAGCUUUCAGACUGGAGAAGUGAUUGAACUGCUGAAGGGAGAUCCAGACUCACCAUGGUGGGAGGGAAAGGUCAGUCAAACCAAGCGCUCUGGUUGGUUCCCAGGCUCCUAUGUGAAGCCCUGUCCGGUGGACUCACGGCAUUUUAUUAAGCCACCUUCAAAAGGACCUGACUACAGCACCUACCCAUGGUUUGCGGGUAACCUGGAGCGUGGUCAGGCUGACAACCUUCUAAAAACCCACAUUUCUGGCACGUACCUUAUCCGUGAGCGCACAGCCGAGGCUGAAAGAUUCGCCAUUAGUAUUAGGUUUAAUGACGAGGUAAAGCACAUUAAGGUGGUGGAGAAGGACAAUUGGAUUCACAUCACUGAGGCCAAGAAAUUUGAGAGUCUCCUGGAGCUGGUAGAGUAUUACCAGACCCACUCUCUGAAAGAAAGCUUCAAACAGCUGGACACAGCUUUACGCUUUCCAUACAAGCAGCGAGAUAAGGCAGUUCAGCGUUCAAACUCUCGGACCUCAGUGUUUAACCCCCGACCUAUUGGCAUGGCGACAGCACGAUAUAACUUUGCAGCACGUGACAUGCGUGAGCUAUCACUUCAGGAAGGAGAUACUGUGAAGAUCUUCAACAAGAUCGGGGGUGACCAGGGCUGGUGGAAAGGUGAAGCAAAUGGAAAGAUUGGCUGGUUUCCUUCUACAUACGUAGAUGAGGAAGGGAUGCCGUGAUUGGUCGCUGAGACCCCUCCUUCUCGACCGAAACCAUUUAUUUUGCACAUUCCAACAUCCAGAAUCCAGGAUCUGAUCCUUGCUCUAGCGCUGGUGGCGAAGGAUUUUCAGCAAACUUCCUGCUUUUUACUGAUGACUCUUUUAGGAUUUUCAGAUUGGUUAUCAAAAGAUUCCUUCUGUUGUAUAUAAAUUCUUUAUUCAAAACAACCAAUCAGAAUGGGAGUAAUUGUAGUGUUUGAAUGUUUGGGGAAGAAUGUGUUUGUACAUGAAGUGUGUGUGUGUGUGUGUGUGGGAAUGGGGUACAUAGGAUCCUUUCUAAAAGUCAUUUGUAAUUAUUUUACCAAGUAGCAACACCACAAUGUAUGUGAAUAUUUUAAGGAAUGUUUUUAGGCUUAUGCCAGUGUAUAUAUUUGGAUUUAUUGUGGGUUAAAUGGAAUUAUAGUUUAAAAUUAUCACUCAAUUUGUUGAAAAAUGGAUUGAAAAUGUAAAUUGGUACAAUUAUUUGCACUGGCUAGCACACAGAAAGCAGUUGGUUUGAAGAGACUGGGAGAAUCUGUGUUGCUGCUUGGAGUUGGGGUGCAGAGAAAGAAUUCAGCACAACUCACUACCCUUUCUCUGUGACAGAAGUAAACUGAGGCCGAGAAGCUGAUCAGACAGUGAUUGCAAUUCCAAGACUGUACCUUUCACAAAAACAGGAAAUAAAAGCAACUGUUUCUUUUUA